AAAUUAUUAUUAGUAAAUAAAAAUACUCCCGGCAAAAUUUAAUUGGAGAAUUUGAUAUUCGAUACAAGUAAAUCGCCAACGUAGGAAUUUAUUAUAUUAUUAUUAUUCUGGAAAUCUCGACGCGAACGCGGGGGCGGACGUUAUAUAAAUGUUUGACGCGCGAACAAGAGGGACCGAAAUUAUUCAGCACAAUGAAGCGGAAGGAGGUCGAUGAGUUUUACGACGACAGCUCUCCAACUUGCCUCUCCAAUUCGUCAAGAAAAUUUCGGAGACUGGAUGCCGAGUUUGUUUCGGUCAUGGAAGAAGACCCAAACGUUAAUGCUCCCCAAUUUGUUCAACGAGGGCUAUCACCGGAGCUAUCUUGGACGAGCACUGCCAUGGUGCAUACAGACGUAGUAUCAGUUGCAAAAGUGCCAACGAGUAAUGCGAUGGAAGAGAGAGCCUUCAUGCUCUAUGAUCCAGCUAAAACCCCUUUUGCUAUGCAUCCGAGCCUUCAGAAAUUCCCAAUCGUUGUGCAAUCUGACUUGAUUCCUGGCUUAAAGGAUUACCUAUCAUCGUGGGGUACUGCGAAGUUAGGAAAAUCUGAGGAAGAUAGGACGAGCAAGGAAAAGAGCUCUGAAGCAUCAAGAGACAGUUUGGUGGCUGUUCCGUGUGUUAAACCCCGUUGGCCAGUGGUGUGUGAGGAAAGACUUUCAGUGGCUUGUGACGCUUUGGAGGCAGAAGGUCAAAUGAUGGACGUGGAUGAACCCAACGUGAGUCGCAGGGAAGAGAGAGAUAUGGACAUUGGUGAAAAGAUUGAAGCAGUUGGGGUUAUGCCCCCAUGCCAGCAACAACAUCAUAUGAUGCUUAGUCUCUCGCAGAACACUCACUCGCGAAUGAGUUGGUGAUAGUUGAGUUCAUAGUUUGUAUUCUCCUGAUGGCGCCGCUAUUCACUAACCAGCCUCUUUUUGGCCAUCUACUAACCGGCCUUCUACUGGCACUUGAUCUGUAUAUAAUGAAGGCAAAAGUUUUGUAUAACUUUUAAUCAAUUAGAAUUAGUAGAUGACUAAUCUGAAGGUUUACGCCAUUCCCGAAAUUCCAACAAUUACAUCUUUUAUCAUGGCUUUGUUAGAGCACCAGCAAUUGGAGUUUGGAUAAUUUGAUUA